GAGGUGGACGUGGACGUGGAGGACGUGGACGUGGACUUGGACGUGGACGUGGUCGUGGACGUGGUGGACGUGGUGGACGUAGACGUGGACGUGGACGUGGUCGUGGACGUGGACGUAGAAGUGAUCGUGGACGUGGACGAGGACGUGGUCGUGGACGUGGACGUGGACGUGGACGUGGUCGUGGACGUGGACGUGGACUUGGACGUGGACGUGGACAUGGACGUGGACGUGGUCGUGGAACUGGACGUGAACGUGGACGUGGACGUGGUCGUGGACGUGCUCGUGGUCGUGGACGUGGACGUGGACGUGGACGUGGUCGUGGACGUGGACGUGGACCUGGACGUGGACGUGGACGUGGACCAGGACGUGGACGUGGACAUGGAGGUGGACCUGGACGUGGACGUGGACGUGGACCUGGACGUGGACGUGGACGUGGACGUGGACGUGGACCUGGACGUGGACGUGGACCUGGACGUGGACCUAGACGUGGAGGUGGACGUGGACGUGGACGUGGACGUGGACCUGGACGUGGACGUGGACGUGGUCAUGGACGUGGUCGUGGUCGUGGACGUGGACAUGGACGUGGACGUGGACGUGGACCUGGACGUGGACUUGGACGUGGACGUGGACGUGGACGUGGACGUGGGCGUGGACGUGGACAUGGAGGUGGACGUGGGCGUGGUAGUGGACGUGGACGUGGUCGUGGACGUGGACAUGGUCGUGGACAUGGACGUGGACGUGGACGUGGUCGUGGACAUGGACGUGGACGUGGUCGUGGACGUGGACGUGGAUGUGGUCGUGGUCGUGGACGUGGACGUUGACGUGUACGUCGACGUGGACCUGGACGUGGACGUGGACCUGGUCGUGGACGUGGACGUGGAUGUGGUCGUGGACGUGGACGUGGACGUGAACGUGGACGUGGACGUGGACAGGGACGUGGACGUGGACGUGGUCGUGGACGUGGACGUGGACAGGGACGUGGACGUGGACGUGGACGUGGAGGACGUGGACGUGGACGUGGAGGACGUGGACGUGGACGUGGAGGACGUCGACGUAGACGUGGACGUGGAGGACGUGGACCUGGACGUGGAGGACGUGGACGUGGACGUGGACGUGGUCGUGGACAUGGACGUGGACGUGGUCGUGGACGUGGACGUGGACGUCGUCGUGGACGUGGACGUGGACAUGGUCGUGGACGUGGACGUGGACGUGGACGUGGACUUGGAGGAGGUGGACGUGGACGUGGAGGACGUGGAUGUGGACGUGGAGGACGUGGACGUGGAGGACGUGGACGUGGACGUGGAGGACGUGGACGUGGACGUGGACGUGGUCGUGGACGUGGACGUGGACGUGGACGUGGACGUGGAGGACGUGGACGUGGACGUGGACCUAGACGUGGACGUGGACGUGGACGUGGUCGUGGACGUGGAGGACGUGGACGUGGACGUGGUCGUGGACGUGGAGGACGUGGACGUGGACGUGGACAUGGAGGACAUGGACGUUGACGUGGUCGUGGACAUGGAGGACGUGGACGAGGACGUGGAGGACGUGGACGUGGACGUGGACGUGGACGUGGAGGACGUGGACGUGGACGUGGACGUGGUCAUGGACGUGGAGGACGUGGACGUGGUCGUGGACGUGGACGUUGUGGAGGUGGACGUGGUCGUGGACGUGGACGUGGACAUGGUCGUGGACGUGGUGGACGUGGUGGACGUGGACGUGGACGUGGACGUGGUCAUGGACGUGGAGGACGUGGACGUGGUCGUGGACGUGGACGUGGACGUUAUGGAGGUGGACGUGGUCGUGGACGUGGACGUGGACAUGGUCGUGGACGUGGUGGACGUGGUGGACGUGGACGUGGACGUGGACGUGGUCGUGGACGUGGACGUGGACGUGGUCGUGGACGUGGACGAAGACGUGGACGUGGUCGUGGACGUGGACAUGGUCGUGGACCUAGACGUGGACGUGGACGUGGACGUGGACGUGGACGUGGUCGUGGAGGUGGACGUGGUCAUGGCCAUAGUGGACGUGUACGUGGUCGUGGACGUGGUCGUGGACGUGGACGUGGACGUGGUCGUGGACGUGGACGUGGACGUCGACGUGGUUGUGGACGUGGACGUGGACGUGGAGAACGUGGACGUGAACGUGGAGGACGUGGACGUGGUCGUGGAGGACGUGGACCUGGACGUGGAGGACGUGGACGUGGACGUGGACGUGGUCGUGGACGUGGACCUGGACGUGGACGUGGACGUGGACGUGGGCGUGGACGUGGACGUGGAGGUGGACGUGGGCGUGGUCGUGGACGUGGACGUGUACGUGGACGUGGACCUGGUCGUGGACGUGGACGUGGACGUGGUCGUGGACGUGGACGUGGACGUGAACGUGGACGUGGACGUGGACAGGGACGUGGACGUGGACGUGGUCGUGGACGUGGACGUGGACAGGGACGUGGACGUGGACGUGGACGUGGACGUGGACGUGGAGGACGUGGACGUGGACGUGGAGGACGUGGACGUGGACGUGGACGUGGAGGACGUCGACGUAGACGUGGACGUGGACGUGGAGGACGUGGACCUGGACGUGGAGGACGUGGACGUGGACGUGGACGUGGUCGUGGACAUGGACGUGGACGUGGUCGUGGACGUGGACGUGGACGUCGUCGUGGACGUGGACGUGGACGUGGUCGUGGACGUGGAUGUGGACGUGGACGUGGACUUGGAGGAGGUGGACGUGGAUGUGGAGGACGUGGACGUGGACGUGGAGGACGUGGACGUGGAGGACGUGGACGUGGACGUGGAGGACGUGGACGUGGACGUGGACGUGGACGUGGUCGUGGACGUGGACGUGGACGUGGACCUGGACCUGGACCUAGACGUGGACGUGGAUGUGGACGUGGUCGUGGACGUGGAGGACGUGGACGUGGACGUGGUCGUGGACGUGGAGGACGUGGACGAGGACGUGGAGGACGUGGACGUGGACGUGGACGUGGUCAUGGACGUGGAGGACGUGGACGUGGUCGUGGACGUGGACGUUGUGGAGGUGGACGUGGUCGUGGACUUGGACGUGGACAUGGUCGUGGACGUGGUGGACGUGGUGGACGUGGACGUGGACGUGGACGUGGACGUGGUCAUGGACGUGGAGGACGUUGACGUGGUCGUGGACGUGGACGUUGUGGAGGUGGACGUGGUCGUGGACGUGGACGUGGACAUGGUCGUGGACGUGGUGGACGUGGUGGACGUGGACGUGGACGUGGACGUGGACGUGGUCGUGGACGUGGACGUGGAUGUGGUCGUGGACGUGGACGAAGACGUGGACGUGGUCGUGGACGUGGACAUGGUCGUGGACAUGGACGUGGACGUGGACGUGGACGUGGUCGUGGAGGUGGACGUGGUCAUGGACAUAGUGGACGUGGACGUGGACGUGGAAGUGGACGUGGACGUGGUCGUGGACGUGGUCGUGGACGUGGUCAGGGAGGUGGUCGUGGACGUGGACGUGGACGUGGACGUGGACGUGGACGUGGUCGUGGACGUGGUCGUGGACGUGGACGUGGAUGUGGUCGUGGACCUGGACCUAGACGUGGACGUGGACGUGGACGUGGACGUGGACGUGGUCUUGGACGUGGACGUGGACGUGGACGUGGACGUGGUCGUGGACGUGGUCGUGGACGUGGACGUGCACAUGGACCUGGACGUGGUCGUCGACGUGGACGUGGACGUUGACGUGGACUUGGACGUGGACGUGGACGUGGUCUUGGACGUGGACGUGGACGUGGACGUGGUCGUGGACGUGGACGUGGUCGUGGACGUGGACGUGGUCGUGGACGUGGUCGUGGACGUGGACGUGGUCGUGGACGUGGACGUGGACGUGGACUUGGACGUGGACGUGGACGUGGACGUGGACUUGGACGUGGACAUGGACGUGGACUUGGACGUGGACUUGGACGUGGACGUGGACGUGGACGUGGUCGUGGUCGUGGACGUGGACGUGGACGUGGACUUGGACGUGGACUUGGACGUGGACGUGGACGUGGACGUGGACGUGGACUUGCACGUGGACUUGGACGUGGACGUGGACUUGGACGUGGACUUGGACGUGGACGUGGAGGUGGACGUGGACGUGGACGUGGACGUGGACGUGGACGUGGUCGUGGACGUGGACGUGGACGUGGACGUGGAACUGGACGUGGACGUGGACGUGGUCGUGGACGUGGACGUGGACGUGGACGUGGACGUGGACGUGGUCGUGAACGUGGACGUGGACGUGGACGUGGACGUGGACGUGGUCGUGGACGUGGAGGACGUGGACGUGGACGUGGAGGACGUGGACGUGGUCGUGGACGUGGAGGACGUGGACGUGGACGUGGAGGACGUGGACGUGGACGUGGUCGUGGACGUGGACGUGGACGAGGACGUGGAAGUGGACGUGGAGGACGUGGACGUGGACGUGGACGUGGUCGUGGACGUGGACGUGGACGAGGACGUGGACGAGAACGUGGUCGUGGACGUGGAGGACGUGGACGUGGUCGUGGACGUGGAGGACGUGGACGUGGACGUGGAGGACGUGGACGUGGACGUGGUCGUGGACGUGGAGGACGUGAACCUGGACGUGGAGGACGUGGACGAGAACGUGGUCGUGGACGUGGAGGACGUGGACGUGGACGUGGAGGACGUGGACGUGGACGUGGAGGACGUGGACGUGGACGUGGAGGACGUGGACGUGGACGUGGUCGUGGACGUGGAGGACGUGGACGUGGACGUGGAGGACGUGGACGAGAACUUGGUCGUGGACCUGGACGUGGACCUGGACGUGGACGUCGACAUGGGCGUGGACGUGGACGUGGAGGUGGUCGUGGACGUGGUCGUGGACGUGGACGUGGACGUGGACGUAAACGUGGUCGUGGACGUGGACGUGGACCUGGACAUGGUCGUGGGCGUGGACGUGGACGUGGAGGACGUGGACGUGGACGUGGUCGUGGACGUGGAGGACGUGGUCGUGGACGUGGAGGACGUGGACGUGGAGGACGUGGACGAGGACGUGGACGUGGACGUGGACGUGGAGGACGUGGACGUGGUCGUGGACGUGGACGUGGACGUUGUGGAGGUGGACGUGGUCGUGGACGUGGACGUAGACGUGGUCGUCGACGUGGUGGACGUGGUGGACGUGGACGUGGACGUGGACGUGGACGUGGACGUAGUCGUGGACGUGGACGUGGACGUGGACGUGGACGUGGUCGUGGACGUGGACGUGGACGUGGACUUGGACGUGGACGUGGACGUGGACGUGGACGUGGACGUGGUCGUGGACGUGGACGUGGACUUGGACGUAGUGGACGUGGACGUGGACGUGGACGUGGUCGUGGACGUGGUCGUGGUCGACGUGGACGUGGACGUGGACGUGGACGUGGUCGUGGUCGUGGACGUGGACGUGGACGUGGACGUGGUCAUGGACGUGGUCGUGGUCGUGGACGUGGACGUGGUCGUGGACGUGGUCGUGGUCGUGGACGUGGACGUGGACGUGGACGUGGACGUGGUCGUGGACGUGGACGUGGACGUGGACGUGGUCGUGGAGGUGGACGUGGACGUGGACUUGGAAGUGGACGUGGACGUGGACGUGGACGUGGACGUGGACGUGGACGUGGUCGUGAACGUGGACGUGGUCGUGGACGUGGACGUGGACGUGGUCGUGGACGUGGAGGACGUGGACGUGGACGUGGACCUGGACGUGGACGUGGACCUGGACGUGGACCUAGACGUGGAGGUGGACGUGGACGUGGACGUGGACGUGGACCUGGACGUGGACGUGGACGUGGUCGUGGACGUGGUCGUGGUCGUGGACGUGGACAUGGACGUGGACGUGGACGUGGACGUGGACGUGGACGUGGACGUGGACGUGGACGUUGUGGAUGUGGACGUGGACGUGGACGUGGACGUGGUCGAGGACGUGGACGUGGACGUGGACCUGGACGUGGACGUGGACGUGGACCUGGACGUGGACGUGGUCGUGGACGUGGACGUGGACGUUGUGGAUGUGGACGUGGUCGUGGACUUGGUCGUGGACGUGGACGUGGACGUGGACGUGGACGUGGUCGUGGACGUGGUCGUGGACGUGGACGUGGACGUGGACCUGGACGUGGACGUGGACGUGGUCGUGGACGUGGAGGACGUGGACGUGGACGUGGACCUGGACGUGGACGUGGACCUGGACGUGGACCUAGACGUGGAGGUGGACGUGGACGUGGACGUGGACCUGGACGUGGACGUGGACGUGGUCGUGGACGUGGUCGUGGUCGUGGACGUGGACAUGGACGUGGACGUGGACGUGGACCUGGACGUGGACUUGGACGUGGACGUGGACGUGGACGUGGGCGUGGACGUGGACAUGGAGGUGGACGUGGGCGUGGUAGUGGACGUGGACGUGGUCGUGGACGUGGACCUGGUCGUAGACGUGGACGUGGACGUGGACGUGGUCGUGGACAUGGACGUGGACGUGGUAGUGGACGUGGACGUGGAUGUGGACGUGGUCGUGGACGUGGUCGUGGACGUGGACGUGGACGUGGUCGUGGACGUGGACGUGGACGUCGACGUGGUUGUGGACGUGGACGUGGACGUGGAGAACGUGGACGUGAACGUGGAGGACGUGGACGUGGUCUUGGAGGACGUGGACCUGGACGUGGAGGACGUGGACGUGGACGUGGACGUGGUCGUGGACGUGGACCUGGACGUGGACGUGGACGUGGACGUGGACGUGGGCGUGGACGUGGACGUGGAGGUGGACGUGGGCGUGGUCGUGGACGUGGACGUGUACGUGGACGUGGACCUGGUCGUGGACGUGGACGUGGACGUGGUCGUGGACGUGGACGUGAACGUGGACGUGGACGUGGACAGGGACGUGGACGUGGACGUGGUCGUGGACGUGGACGUGGACAGGGACGUGGACGUGGACGUGGACGUGGACGUGGACGUGGACGUGGACGUGGACGUGGACGUGGAGGACGUGGACGUGGACGUGGAGGACGUGGACGUGUACGUGGACGUGGAGGACGUCGACGUAGACGUGGACGUGGACGUGGAGGACGUGGACCUGGACGUGGAGGACGUGGACGUGGAAGUGGACGUGGUCGUGGACAUGGACGUGGACGUGGUCGUGGACGUGGACGUGGACGUCGUCGUGGACGUGGACGUGGACGUGGUCGUGGACGUGGAUGUGGACGUGGACGUGGACUUGGAGGAGGUGGACGUGGAUGUGGAGGACGUGGACGUGGACGUGGAGGACGUGGACGUGGAGGACGUGGACGUGGACGUGGAGGACGUGGACGUGGACGUGGACGUGGACGUGGUCGUGGACGUGGACGUGGACGUGGACCUGGACCUGGACCUAGACGUGGACGUGGAUGUGGACGUGGUCGUGGACGUGGAGGACGUGGACGUGGACGUGGUCGUGGACGUGGAGGACGUGGACGAGGACGUGGAGGACGUGGACGUGGACGUGGACGUGGUCAUGGACGUGGAGGACGUGGACGUGGUCGUGGACGUGGACGUUGUGGAGGUGGACGUGGUCGUGGACUUGGACGUGGACAUGGUCGUGGACGUGGUGGACGUGGUGGACGUGGACGUGGACGUGGACGUGGACGUGGUCAUGGACGUGGAGGACGUUGACGUGGUCGUGGACGUGGACGUUGUGGAGGUGGACGUGGUCGUGGACGUGGACGUGGACAUGGUCGUGGACGUGGUGGACGUGGUGGACGUGGACGUGGACGUGGACGUGGACGUGGUCGUGGACGUGGACGUGGACGUGGUCGUGGACGUGGACGAAGACGUGGACGUGGUCGUGGACGUGGACAUGGUCGUGGACAUGGACGUGGACGUGGACGUGGACGUGGUCGUGGAGGUGGACGUGGUCAUGGACAUAGUGGACGUGGACGUGGACGUGGAAGUGGACGUGGACGUGGUCGUGGACGUGGUCGUGGACGUGGUCGUGGAGGUGGUCGUGGACGUGGACGUGGACGUGGACGUGGACGUGGACGUGGACGUGGUCGUGGACGUGGUCGUGGACGUGGACGUGGACGUGGUCGUGGACCUGGACCUAGACGUGGACGUGGACGUGGACGUGGUCUUGGACGUGGACGUGGACGUGGACGUGGUCGUGGACGUGGUCGUGGACGUGGACGUGCACAUGGACCUGGACGUGGUCGUCGACGUGGACGUGGACGUGGACGUGGACUUGGACGUGGACGUGGACGUGGUCUUGGACGUGGACGUGGACGUGGACGUGGUCGUGGACGUGGACGUGGUCGUGGACGUGGACGUGGUCGUGGACGUGGUCGUGGACGUGGACGUGGUCGUGGACGUGGACGUGGACGUGGACUUGGACGUGGACGUGGACGUGGACGUGGACUUGGACGUGGACGUGGACGUGGACUUGGACGUGGACUUGGACGUGGACGUGGACGUGGACGUGGUCGUGGUCGUGGACGUGGACGUGGACGUGGACUUGGACGUGGACUUGGACGUGGACGUGGACGUGGACGUGGACGUGGACUUGCACGUGGACUUGGACGUGGACGUGGACUUGGACGUGGACUUGGACGUGGACGUGGAGGUGGACGUGGACGUGGACGUGGACGUGGACGUGGACGUGGUCGUGGACGUGGACGUGGACGUGGACGUGGAACUGGACGUGGACGUGGACGUGGUCGUGGACGUGGACGUGGACGUGGACGUGGACGUGGACGUGGUCGUGAACGUGGACGUGGACGUGGACGUGGACGUGGUCGUGGACGUGGAGGACGUGGACGUGGACGUGGAGGACGUGGACGUGGUCGUGGACGUGGAGGACGUGGACGUGGAUGUGGAGGACGUGGACGUGGACGUGGACGUGGACGUGGUCGUGGACGUGGACGUGGACGAGGACGUGGACGUGGACGUGGAGGACGUGGACGUGGACGUGGACGUGGUCGUGGACGUGGACGUGGACGAGGACGUGGACGAGAACGUGGUCGUGGACGUGGAGGACGUGGACGUGGUCGUGGACGUGGAGGACGUGGACGUGGAUGUGGAGGACGUGGACGUGGACGUGGUCGUGGACGUGGAGGACGUGAACCUGGACGUGGAGGACGUGGACGAGAACGUGGUCGUGGACGUGGAGGACGUGGACGUGGACGUGGAGGACGUGGACGUGGACGUGGAGGACGUGGACGUGGACGUGGAGGACGUGGACGUGGACGUGGACGUGGACGUGGAGGACGUGGACGUGGACGUGGAGGACGUGGACGUGUACGUGGACGUGGAGGACGUCGACGUAGACGUGGACGUGGACGUGGAGGACGUGGACCUGGACGUGGAGGACGUGGACGUGGACGUGGACGUGGUCGUGGACAUGGACGUGGACGUGGUCGUGGACGUGGACGUGGACGUCGUCGUGGACGUGGACGUGGACGUGGUCGUGGACGUGGAUGUGGACGUGGACGUGGACUUGGAGGAGGUGGACGUGGAUGUGGAGGACGUGGACGUGGACGUGGAGGACGUGGACGUGGAGGACGUGGACGUGGACGUGGAGGACGUGGACGUGGACGUGGACGUGGACGUGGUCGUGGACGUGGACGUGGACCUGGACCUGGACCUGGACCUGGACCUAGACGUGGACGUGGAUGUGGACGUGGUCGUGGACGUGGAGGACGUGGACGUGGACGUGGUCGUGGACGUGGAGGACGUGGACGAGGACGUGGAGGACGUGGACGUGGACGUGGACGUGGUCAUGGACGUGGAGGACGUGGACGUGGUCGUGGACGUGGACGUUGUGGAGGUGGACGUGGUCGUGGACUUGGACGUGGACAUGGUCGUGGACGUGGUGGACGUGGUGGACGUGGACGUGGACGUGGACGUGGACGUGGUCAUGGACGUGGAGGACGUUGACGUGGUCGUGGACGUGGACGUUGUGGAGGUGGACGUGGUCGUGGACGUGGACGUGGACAUGGUCGUGGACGUGGUGGACGUGGACGUGGACGUGGACGUGGACGUGGUCGUGGACGUGGACGUGGACGUGGUCGUGGACGUGGACGAAGACGUGGACGUGGUCGUGGACGUGGACAUGGUCGUGGACAUGGACGUGGACGUGGACGUGGACGUGGUCGUGGAGGUGGACGUGGUCAUGGACAUAGUGGACGUGGACGUGGACGUGGAAGUGGACGUGGACGUGGUCGUGGACGUGGUCGUGGACGUGGUCGUGGGGGUGGUCGUGGACGUGGACGUGGACGUGGACGUGGACGUGGACGUGGACGUGGACGUGGUCGUGGACGUGGUCGUGGACGUGGACGUGGACGUGGUCGUGGACCUGGACCUAGACGUGGACGUGGACGUGGACGUGGUCUUGGACGUGGACGUGGACGUGGACGUGGACGUGGUCGUGGACGUGGUCGUGGACGUGGACGUGCACAUGGACCUGGACGUGGUCGUCGACGUGGACGUGGACGUGGACGUGGACUUGGACGUGGACGUGGACGUGGUCUUGGACGUGGACGUGGACGUGGACGUGGUCGUGGACGUGGACGUGGUCGUGGACGUGGACGUGGUCGUGGACGUGGUCGUGGACGUGGACGUGGUCGUGGACGUGGACGUGGACGUGGACGUGGACUUGGACGUGGACGUGGACGUGGACGUGGACUUGGACGUGGACGUGGACGUGGACUUGGACGUGGACUUGGACGUGGACGUGGACGUGGACGUGGUCGUGGUCGUGGACGUGGACGUGGACGUGGACUUGGACGUGGACUUGGACGUGGACGUGGACGUGGACGUGGACUUGCACGUGGACUUGGACGUGGACGUGGACUUGGACGUGGACUUGGACGUGGACAUGGAGGUGGACGUGGACGUGGACGUGAACGUGGACGUGGUCGUGGACGUGGACGUGGACGUGGACGUGGAACUGGACGUGGACGUGGACGUGGUCGUGGACGUGGACGUGGACGUGGACGUGGACGUGGACGUGGACGUGGACGUGGACGUGGUCGUGAACGUGGACGUGGACGUGGACGUGGACGUGGUCGUGGACGUGGAGGACGUGGACGUGGACGUGGAGGACGUGGACGUGGUCGUGGACGUGGAGGACGUGGACGUGGACGUGGAGGACGUGGACGUGGACGUGGACGUGGACGUGGUCGUGGACGUGGACGUGGACGAGGACGUGGACGUGGACGUGGAGGACGUGGACGUGGACGUGGACGUGGUCGUGGACGUGGACGUGGACGAGGACGUGGACGAGAACGUGGUCGUGGACGUGGAGGACGUGGACGUGGUCGUGGACGUGGAGGACGUGGACGUGGAUGUGGAGGACGUGGACGUGGACGUGGUCGUGGACGUGGAGGACGUGAACCUGGACGUGGAGGACGUGGACGAGAACGUGGUCGUGGACGUGGAGGACGUGGACGUGGACGUGGAGGACGUGGACGUGGACGUGGAGGACGUGGACGUGGACGUGGAGGACGUGGACGUGGACGUGGUCGUGGACGUGGAGGACGUGGACGUGGACGUGGAGGACGUGGACGAGAACUUGGUCGUGGACCUGGACGUGGACCUGGACGUGGACGUCGACAUGGGCGUGGACGUGGACGUGGAGGUGGUCGUGGACGUGGUCGUGGACGUGGACAUGGACGUGGACGUAAACGUGGUCGUGGACGUGGACGUGGACCUGGACAUGGUCGUGGGCGUGGACGUGGACGUGGAGGACGUGGACGUGGACGUGGUCGUGGACGUGGAGGACGUGGUCGUGGACGUGGAGGACGUGGACGUGGAGGACGUGGACGAGGACGUGGUCAUGGACGUGGAGGACGUGGACGUGGACGUGGAGGACGUGGACGUGGACGUGGUCGUGGACGUGGAGGACGUGGACGUGGACGUGGAGGACGUGGACGUGGUCGUGGACGUGGACGUGGACGUUGUGGAGGUGGACGUGGUCGUGGACGUGGACGUAGACGUGGUCGUCGACGUGGUGGACGUGGUGGACGUGGACGUGGACGUGGACGUGGACGUGGACGCAGUCGUGGACGUGGACGUGGACGUGGACGUGGACGUGGUCGUGGACGUGGACGUGGACGUGGACUUGGACGUGGACGUGGACGUGGACGUGGACGUGGACGUGGACGUGGUCGUGGACGUGGACGUGGACUUGGACGUAGUGGACGUGGACGUGGACGUGGACGUGGUCGUGGAGGUGGACGUGGUCAUGGACGUAGUGGACGUGGACGUGGACGUGGACGUGGACGUGGUCGUGGACGUGGUCGUGGUCGACGUGGACGUGGACGUGGACGUGGUCGUGGACGUGGACGUGGACGUGGACGUGGUCAUGGACGUGGUCGUGGUCGUGGACGUGGACGUGGUCGUGGACGUGGUCGUGGUCGUGGACGUGGACGUGGACGUGGACGUGGACGUGGUCGUGGACGUGGACGUGGACGUGGACGUGGUCGUGGAGGUGGACGUGGACGUGGACUUGGAAGUGGACGUGGACGUGGACGUGGACGUGGACGUGGACGUGGUCGUGGAGGUUGACGUGGUGGACGUGGUGGACGUGGACGUGGAGGUGGACGUGGUCGUGGACGUGGACGUGGACGAUGACGUGGACGUGGACGUGGUCGUGGACGUGGACGUGGACGUGGACGUGGUCGUGGAGGUGGACGUGGACGUGGACUUGGAAGUGGACGUGGACGUGGACGUGGACGUGGACGUGGACGUGGUCGUGGAGGUGGACGUGGUCAUGGACGUAGUGGACGAGGACGUGGACGUGGACGUGGACGUGGACAUGGACGUGGACGUGGACGUGGACGUGGUCGUGGACGUGGUCGUGGACGUGGACGUGGACGUGGACCUGGACGUGGACGUGGACGUGGACGUCGAUGUGGGCGUGGACGUGGACGUGGACGUGGACGUCGAUGUGGGCGUGGACGUGGACGUGGAGGUGGUCGUGGACGUGGUCGUGGACGUGGACGUGGAGGUGGUCGUGGACGUGGUCGUGGACGUGGACGUGGACGUGGUCGUGGACGUGGACGUGGACGUGGACAUGGACAUGGUCGUGGACGUGGGCGUGGACGUGGGCGUGGACGUGGACGUGGGCGUGGACGUGGACGUGGACGACGUGGACGUGGACGUGGACGUGGACCAGGACGUGGACGUGGACGUGGACGUGGUCGUGGUCGUAGUCGUGGUCGUGGUCGUGGUCAUGGUCGUGGACGCGGACGUGGACGUGGACGUGGUCAUGGACGUGGUCGUGGUCGUGGACGUGGACAUGGUCGUGGACGUGGUCGUGGUCGUGGACGUGGACGUGGCCAUGGACGUGGUCGUGCACGUGGACAUGGACGUGGACGUGGACUUGGAGGUGGACGUGGACGUGGACGUGGACGUGGUCGUGGACGUGGACGUGGAGGUGGACGUGGUCGUGGACGUGGACGUGGAGGUGGACGUGGACGUGGACGUGGACGUGGACGUGGAGGUGGUCGUGGACGUGGACGUGGACCUGGACCUGGACCUGGACCUGGACAUGGACGUGGACGUGGACGUGGAGGUGGUCGUGGACGUGGACGUGGACGUGGACGUGGUCGUGGACGUGGACGUGGACGUGGACGUGGACCUGGACCUGGACGUGGACGUGGACCUGGACGUGGUCGUGGACGUGGACCUGGACCUGGACCUGGACCUGGACGUGGACGUGGGCGUGGACGUGGACGUAGAGGUGGUCGUGGACGUGGAUGUGGACGUGGACGUGGACCUGGACGUGGACGUGGACGUGGACGUGGACGUGGUCGUGGACGUGGACGUGGACCUGGACGUGGUCGUGGACGUGGUCGUGGACGUGGACGUGGUCGUGGACGUGGACGUGGUCGUGGACGUGGUCAUGGACGUGGACGUGGACUUGGACGUGGACGUGAACUUGGACGUGGACGUGGACAUGGACGUGGACGUGGACCUGGGCGUGGUCGUGGUCGUGGACGUCGACGUGGACGUGGACGUGGACGUGGACCUGGACAUGGACGUGGACGUGGACGUGGUCGUGGACGUGGACGGGGACUUGGACAUGGACCUGGCCGUGGACCUGGACAUGGACGUGGACGUGGACGUGGAUGUGCACGUGGACAUGGACGUGGACGUGGACCUGGACGUGGACGUGGACGUGGUGGUGGACGUGAACGUGGUGGUGGACGUGGUCGUGGACGUGGACGUGGAUGUGGACGUUGUGGAUGUGGACGUGGUCGUGGACGUGGUCGUGGACGUGGACGUGGACGUGGACCUGGACCUGGACGUGGACGUGGUCCUGGACGUGGACUUGGACCUGGACGUGGACCUGGACGUGGACGUGGACGUGGACGUGGACGUGGAGGUGGACGUGGAGGUGGACGUGGACGUGGACGUGGACGUGGACCUGAACGUGGACGUGGACUUGGACGUGGACGUGGACGUGGACCUUGACGUGGACGUGGACCUUGACGUGGUCAUGGACGUGGACGUGGACGUUGUGGACGUAGACGUGGUCGUGGACGUGGACGUGGACGUGGACCUGGACCUGGACGUGGACCUGGACCUGGACCUGGACGUGGACGUGGACGUGGACCUGGACGUGGACGUGGACGUGGAGGUGGACGUGGACGUGGACGUGGACCUAGACGUGGACGUGGACCUGGACGUGGACUUGUACCUGGACGUGGAGGUGGUCGUGGAUGUGGAGGUGGUCGUGGACGUGGUCGUGGACGUGGACGUGGACGUGGACGUGGACGUGGACCUCGACGUGGACCUGGACGUCGACGUGGACGUGGACGUGGAGGUGGACGUGGACGUGGACGUGGAGGUGGACGUCGACGUGGACGUGGACGUGGACCAUGACGUGGACCUGGACCUGAACGUGGACGUGGACGUGGACGUGGGCGUGGAAGUGGACGUGGAGGUGGUCGUGGACGUGGUCGUGGACGUCGACGUGGAUGUGGACCUGGACCUGGACCAGGACGUGGACGUGGACGUGGACGUGGACGUGGACGUGGUCGUGGACGUGGACGUGGACGUGGACGUGUUCGUGGUCGUGGACGUGGACGUGGACGUUGUGGACGUGGACGUGGACGUGGACGUGGACCUGGACGUGGACCUGGACGUGGACCUGGACGUGGUCGUGGACGUGGUCGUGGACGUGGACGUGGUCGUGGACGUGGACGUGGACGUGGAGGACGUGGACGUGGACGUGGACGUGGUCGAGGACGUGGACGUGGACGUGGACCUAGACGUGGACGUGGACGUGGACCUGGACGUGGACGUGGUCGUGGACGUGGACGUGGACGUUGUGGAUGUGGACGUGGUCGUGGACUUGGUCGUGGACGUGGACGUGGACGUGGACGUGGACGUGGUCGUGGACGUGGUCGUGGACGUGGACGUGGACGUGGACGUGGACCUGGACGUGGACGCGAACGUGGAUGUGGACGUGGAUGUGGACGUGGAGGUGGAGGUGGAGGUGGAGGUGGACGUGGAGGUGGACGUGGACGUGGACGUGGACGUGUACCUGGACGUGGACCUGGACCUGGACGUGGACGUGGACGUGGAGGUGGUGGUGGACGUGGUCGUGGACGUGGACGUGGACGUGGACGUGGUCGUGGACGUGGACAUGGACCUGGACCUGGACGUGGACCUGGACGUGGACGUGGACGUGGACGUGGACGUGGGCGUGGACGUGGAGGUGGUCGUGGACGUGGUCGUGGACGUGGACGUGGUCGUGGACGUGGUCUUGGACGUGGACGUGGACGUGGACAUGGACCUGGACAAGGACGUGGACAUGGACGUGGACCUAGACGUGGACGUGGUCGUGGACGUGGACGUGGACGUGGACGUUGUGGAAAUGGACGUGGUCGUGGAGAUUGCCUAG